AGCAACCACGCGCCUUCACCCCACGAUACCCCUCUUUAGUCUUUGUUUACCGCAUACAACACAAGAUGGCUGCACAAGUCGCGAACGGUGGCAGCGGAAAUGCUGCCUUCAAGGACAAGGAGAAGCCCAGAGCUGUUCGCAGCGCCAACAUCAUUGCCGCACGAGCUGUGGCAGACGCGAUCCGAACAUCUUUGGGACCAAAGGGAAUGGACAAGAUGAUCCAAACUGGCAAGGGCGAAACCAUCAUCACCAACGACGGAGCCACUAUGCUCAGUCAGAUGAGUGUUCUCCAUCCCUCUGCGAAGAUGCUCGUCGACCUCGCACACGCCCAAGAUAUCGAGGCCGGAGACGGCACGACAUCGGUCAUCGUCAUUGCUGGAAGUCUGCUGGGUGCCGCCGAGCGUCUGCUGUCCAAGGGCAUCCACCCUACCGUCAUCUCAGAGGCCUUCCAGCGCGCCGCACGCGAGGCGAUACAGAUCCUGACAGACAUGUCAAUCCCCAUCUCUCUCACCGACAGACCGACUCUCCUCAAGACCGCGACCACCGCCCUUUCGUCCAAAAUUGUUGCACAAGAGCCCAAGCUGCCUAUCAUGGCUGUCGACUCGGUCCUGAAGAUCAUUGAUCCCAAGACUGCCGACAACGUCGACCUGAAGAACAUCAGGAUGAUCAAGAAGCAGGGUGGCACUAUCGAGGACAGCGAGAUGAUUGAUGGCUUGGUGCUCAGACAGCCCGUAGUGAAGAGCGCCGGUGGACCCACAAUCAAGGAGAAGGCACGGAUAGGUCUCAUUCAGUUCCAGCUGAGCCCUCCCAAGCCAGAUAUGGAGAACCAGAUCGUCGUCAAUGACUACAGACAGAUGGACAAGAUUCUCAAGGAGGAGCGAACCUACCUGCUCAACAUGGUCAAGAAAAUCCAGAAGGCAAAGUGCAAUGUCCUCUUCAUCCAGAAGUCGAUUUUGCGCGACGCCGUAAACGAUCUGAGCUUGCAUUUCUUGUCCAAGCUCAAGAUCAUGGUCAUCAAGGACAUUGAGCGUGAUGAGAUCGAGUUCAUCUGCAAGAGCACUGGCUGCAAGCCAAUUGCAGACGUCGAUUCGUUCACCGAGGACAAGCUUGGUUCGGCAGAUCUCGUCGAGGAAGUCCAGGCUUCGGGCGCCCGCUACGUCAAGGUGUCUGGUGUCAAGUCAGCCGCAUCGACCGUUUCCAUCGUUUGCCGAGGAGCCAACACGCUCAUCCUGGAUGAGACGGAGCGUUCUCUGCACGACGCCCACUGCGCAAUCCGCUCCCUGGUCAAGAAGAAGGCUCUCCUUGCCGGUGGAGGUGCUCCGGAAAUUGAGAUCGCACACCAGCUUUCCCUGCGCGCCCGCGAGCUUACCGGCACAGAAGCAAUCUGCUGGAAAGCCUUCGCCGACGCCAUGGAAGUCAUUCCCACAACACUGGCCGAGAACGCUGGCCUGAACAGCAUCAAGGUCGUCACAGAGCUGAGACAUAGGCACGCACAGGAGCAGAAGAACGCCGGAAUCAGCAUCAAGAGCGGCGGCGUCAAGAACGACAUCGCCGAAGAGAACGUUCUCCAGCCCUUGCUCGUCAGCACAAGCGCCAUCGAGCUGGCGGCGGAGACUGUGAAGAUGAUCCUGCGCAUCGACGAUAUUGCCCUGUCGCGGUAAGCUUGGAGAUUGCAGUGGUAGACAUGUAUGAAUGAAGAUGCCUGUCAAGCAAGGCACAUGAAUAAUGAAAAGCUACCGAAGCGCACUUCACGCA